AUGGGUGCCGCCGGCGUUGAGCGUUGGCAAUGCCUUUGCAAGGUCCCCUUGAGCAUCCGCACGGCGCCGCGCGGGAAAGGUGAGAUCCUGGCUGUCAUCGGGCCCGGUGACUUGGUGGCCUUCACUCCCUUCCCGCAGCGACCAGUUGUCCUUGCUGACCUUCUGGCGCACAGUUAUUUGAGAUGUCGCAAAGUGGUGGAGGAUGGGCGAGUGGAGUCUGAGCAAGGCUGGAUCUCAUGCAACUCCGAGGAUGUUGGGGUCCACUUUGCCCCGUUCACCCAGCAGGCCCACACGGCAUACACAGCGUCCAGUUGGCAGAGCUGCUCCAGGAGGAGCUCGUCUCAGAAUCCAUGGUUGAAUCAGCUUGCCCGGCUGAAGCUACCAGCCACAUCGGAAUUGGAGGAGACGCUGGGCUCACGCUUGCUCCUGGAUACCCAUGUCCGUGGCAAGUUUACAGGUGUCUUCGUUUGCGAUGCGUUGGCUGGUUCGGGGAUGGCUGUGAGGCCGUGCAUGGACAGGGUUGCUCAGCGCUGGAUCCGUGACAACUUUGCAGCCGAUGCUGUCACCGUCUCAAGUCUGGAGCUGGCGGCUCUGCUGGAGAAGCGCACUGUGGAGGAUCGGCACAAACUGGUGCUCCUCCUGGUGCAGGAGCCCCAUGCCUGGGUCGCUCGGGCACGACUCAGCGGCUUUCCCGGUGCAUUCCUGGCUCGUGCGGAAGAGCCAUCAGGCAAGUUGGAGUUCGCAGGCAAAUGCCCGGGUCUGAUGGACUGGUUGCAACAGCCUGUCGAGUGCUCCGGCAACUUGCACUCUGAAGGGCUCAUGUCCUUGUGGGCGUGGUUCACUCAAGAUCUCGGCCGGGCGGCAGUAGCCGCGAAGCAUGUCGUUCUCUGCCGGGUGGAGGAUCUCCUCUUCGACAGUGGGGGCGUGGCUUCUGCGCUUCGACGUUUGGGCAUCAAGCAGCGGUCCGCAGGCACAGCUGUGCACCUGCCAGUGCGAGACAUGUGGUGGUGCCAAGCUAUAGAGAGCUACAGGCAGAGUGGGCUCUUCACCCACCAAGAGGCCGAAGCCAUCGACACUCCUGUGGCCAACCUUCGAGGCCAGGGAGGACUGGCGUACGUGGUCGGCGACUGCAGAGAAGCAGUUGGAGGAAGCCAGGAGCGAGUUCAGCACCUCACCUCAGACCUUACCAUUGGCUGCCCCUGGUUCUCGAGUACCAUCUAA